CGAGAUUCUCUUACGCCAAAGCUUCCGGCCCACCAUCUUUGUCCCUGGCAAAUUGGGUUUUGCGCAGUGGCUUAGAUCAAGAAAGAAUCGUGACGGGCAGGAAACCAUUACACCGCCACCCGGGCUGUGCUCUCCGGCUGCCGCCGCCACCCCGCCCUUGCCUCCGGUACACUCUAAAGAUCCAGAAUCAUGACUGACUCCAAGUACUUCACAACCAAUAAGAAGGGAGAAAUCUUUGAAUUAAAAGCUGAACUCAACAAUGAAAAGAAAGAAAAGAGGAAAGAGGCUGUGAAGAAGGUGAUUGCUGCUAUGACCGUGGGGAAGGAUGUUAGCUCUCUUUUUCCAGAUGUGGUGAACUGUAUGCAGACUGACAACCUGGAGCUAAAGAAGCUUGUGUACCUGUAUCUGAUGAACUAUGCCAAGAGUCAGCCAGACAUGGCCAUCAUGGCUGUCAACAGCUUUGUGAAGGAUUGUGAAGAUCCUAAUCCUUUGAUUCGGGCCUUAGCAGUUAGAACCAUGGGCUGCAUCCGGGUGGACAAGAUUACAGAAUAUCUCUGUGAACCCCUCCGCAAGUGCUUGAAGGAUGAAGACCCAUAUGUUCGGAAAACAGCAGCAGUCUGUGUGGCAAAACUCCAUGAUAUCAAUGCCCAGAUGGUGGAAGAUCAGGGAUUUCUGGAUUCUCUACGGGAUCUCAUAGCAGAUUCAAAUCCAAUGGUGGUGGCUAAUGCUGUAGCAGCAUUGUCUGAGAUCAGUGAAUCUCACCCAAACAGCAACUUACUUGAUCUGAACCCUCAGAAUAUCAAUAAGCUGCUCACAGCCCUGAAUGAGUGCACUGAAUGGGGCCAGAUUUUCAUCCUGGACUGCCUGUCUAAUUACAACCCUAAAGAUGAUCGGGAAGCUCAGAGCAUCUGUGAGCGAGUAACUCCUCGGCUAUCCCAUGCCAACUCUGCCGUGGUGCUUUCAGCCGUGAAAGUCCUCAUGAAAUUCUUAGAGUUGUUACCCAAGGACUCUGACUACUACAAUAUGCUGCUGAAGAAGUUAGCGCCUCCACUUGUCACUCUGCUGUCUGGGGAGCCAGAAGUGCAGUAUGUCGCCCUGAGAAACAUCAACCUAAUUGUCCAGAAAAGGCCUGAAAUCUUGAAGCAGGAAAUCAAAGUCUUCUUUGUGAAGUACAAUGAUCCUAUCUAUGUUAAACUAGAGAAGUUGGACAUCAUGAUUCGUCUUGCAUCCCAAGCCAACAUUGCUCAGGUCCUGGCAGAGUUGAAGGAAUAUGCCACUGAGGUCGACGUGGACUUUGUUCGCAAAGCUGUGAGGGCCAUUGGACGGUGUGCCAUCAAAGUGGAGCAAUCAGCAGAACGCUGUGUAAGCACAUUGCUUGAUUUAAUCCAGACCAAAGUAAAUUAUGUGGUCCAAGAGGCAAUUGUUGUCAUCAGGGACAUCUUCCGCAAAUACCCCAACAAGUAUGAAAGUAUCAUUGCUACUCUCUGUGAGAACUUGGACUCCCUGGAUGAGCCUGAUGCUCGGGCAGCCAUGAUUUGGAUUGUAGGAGAAUAUGCCGAAAGAAUUGAUAAUGCGGAUGAGUUACUAGAGAGCUUCCUGGAGGGUUUUCAUGAUGAAAGCACACAGGUUCAGCUCACUCUGCUUACCGCCAUCGUGAAGCUGUUUCUCAAGAAGCCAUCAGAAACACAGGAGUUAGUCCAACAGGUCUUGAGUUUGGCCACACAGGAUUCUGAUAACCCUGACCUUCGAGAUCGGGGUUAUAUUUAUUGGCGCCUUCUUUCAACUGACCCUGUGACAGCCAAGGAAGUAGUGUUGUCUGAGAAGCCGCUGAUCUCUGAGGAGACAGACCUCAUUGAGCCUACCCUCCUGGAUGAGCUCAUCUGCCACAUUGGUUCUUUGGCUUCUGUAUACCAUAAACCUCCAAAUGCUUUUGUGGAAGGAAGUCAUGGGAUUCAUAGGAAACACUUGCCAAUUCAUCACGGGAGCACUGAUGCAGGUGAUAGUCCUGUUGGCACCACCACUGCAACCAACCUGGAACAGCCUCAGGUCAUCCCUUCUCAAGGUGACCUCCUGGGGGAUCUUUUAAAUCUUGACCUGGGUCCCCCCGUGAACGUGCCGCAAGUGUCCUCCAUGCAGAUGGGAGCCGUGGAUCUUUUAGGAGGAGGACUGGAUAGCCUGCUUGGCAGUGACCUUGGCGGGGGCAUUGGAGGAAGUCCGGCAGUAGGACAGUCCUUCAUCCCGUCAUCGGUGCCUGCAACCUUCGCUCCUUCACCCACUCCUGCUGUGGUCAGCAGCGGUCUGAAUGACCUGUUUGAGCUUUCCACCGGGAUAGGCAUGGCGCCUGGCGGAUACGUGGCACCUAAGGCAGUCUGGCUACCUGCAGUAAAGGCUAAAGGCUUGGAGAUCUCGGGCACAUUCACUCACCGCCAAGGGCACAUCUAUAUGGAAAUGAACUUUACCAACAAAGCUCUACAGCAUAUGACAGACUUUGCCAUCCAGUUCAACAAGAAUAGUUUUGGUGUCAUCCCAAGCACUCCCUUGGCCAUCCAUACUCCACUGAUGCCAAACCAGAGCAUUGAUGUCUCUCUGCCUCUCAACACCUUGGGCCCAGUCAUGAAGAUGGAACCUCUGAAUAACUUGCAGGUGGCUGUUAAAAACAAUAUUGAUGUCUUCUACUUCAGCUGCCUCAUCCCACUCAAUGUGCUUUUUGUAGAAGAUGGCAAAAUGGAGCGCCAGGUCUUCCUUGCGACAUGGAAGGAUAUUCCCAAUGAAAAUGAACUUCAGUUUCAGAUUAAGGAAUGUCAUUUAAAUGCUGACACAGUUUCCAGCAAGCUACAGAACAACAAUGUAUACACUAUUGCCAAGAGGAAUGUGGAAGGGCAAGACAUGCUGUACCAGUCCCUGAAGCUCACUAAUGGCAUUUGGAUUUUGGCCGAGCUACGGAUCCAGCCAGGAAACCCCAAUUAUACGCUGUCACUGAAGUGUAGAGCCCCUGAAGUCUCUCAGUACAUCUAUCAGGUCUACGACAGCAUUUUGAAAAACUAAUAAAUGGGUUCUGUACCCUCCAGCCACCCUGUAA